GCUGACCUAACAGCAACCCAACGCUGCAGUGUGACAGAAGCUCCAUGGACCAGUCGUCAUGAUAUUGGGCCCGUCGCUCCGCCCCCGCCUCCAGCCCCGGCCCCGCCCCCUGCUCCGUCGCCUCCUGUCGGAGUUCUGGGCCAAUGGCUGCGCAGCAUCGUGCCGGCGCCUCAGCACAGAUGGCCACACCCCUCAGCCUGCGAUCGGCCGGGACUCGGUGGAGGUGCUGGGCCACUCCUACCCCCGCGACGACUUCACCAACGUCACUCCGAAGAUCUUGGCCAAAGUGGGGCGCAACCUGCACAACCAGCCGCAUCACCCCCUGUGGCUGAUCAAGGAGCGGAUCAAGGCUCACUUCUACAGCUCGUACAUCGGCCGCUGGGGAAACCCGCUGUUCUCCGUCCACGACAACCUGAGUCCUGUGGUCACCGUGGAGCAGAACUUCGACAGCUUGCUGAUUCCUCCCGACCACCCGAGCAGGAAGCGAGGAGACAACUACUACCUGAACAGAUCCACGAUGCUCCGCGCUCACACGUCGGCCCACCAGAGGGAGCUGGUGAGGUCGGGGCUGGACGCCUUCCUGUUGGCCGGAGACGUUUACCGGCGGGACGAGAUCGACGCCAGCCACUACCCGGUCUUCCACCAGAUGGAGGGAGUCCGGCUCUUCUCCAACCACGAGCUCUUCUCUGAGGUGCGUAGCGGCGACCUUCUGUCUCUGUUCGAGCGAGGCGGUCGCAGGACUCCGGGGAAGCAGGAGACUCACAGUCUGGAGGCCGUGAAGCUGCUGGAGUUCAACCUGAAGCAGACUCUGACUCGACUCGUUGCUCAGCUGUUUGGAGAAGACGUGGAGAUCCGGUGGGUCGACUGCUACUUCCCCUUCACUCAUCCCUCCUUUGAGAUGGAGGUGCGUUUCCAAGGCGACUGGAUGGAGGUUCUGGGAUGUGGAGUGAUGGAGCAGGAAGUGCUGAACUCAGCGGGGGCCGACAACAAGCUGGGCUGGGCCUUCGGUCUGGGCCUGGAGAGGCUGGCCAUGGUGCUGUUCGGCAUCCCAGACAUCCGACUGUUCUGGAGUCAGGACGAACGCUUCAUCAAGCAGUUCAGAGUGCAGGACAUCCACCAGCCCAUCGACUUCCAGCCGCUCAGUAAAUACCCGCCGCUCCACAACGACAUCUCCUUCUGGCUGCCGGACGGCGCCGGCGAAGGCGAGGGCUUCGUCGACAACGACUUCUACGAGCUGGUCCGGUCCAUCGGAGGAGAUCUGGUGGAGAAAGUGACGCUCGUGGACGAGUUCACCCACCCAAAGACCGGGAGGCGGAGCCAGUGUUACCGCAUCAUCUACCGCCACAUGGAGCGAACGCUGACUCAGCAGGAGGUGCGACUCGUCCACGAGCAGAUCGAACGCACCGCCGAGAGCGAGCUGGGCGUCCAGGGCCGAUACUGAGUCACGGAGAUUCACACCAACACGCACACGUAUAUUUACAUGCAGACACGCCGGCGGAGCUGUUACGCAGCUUCGUCACGUCCCCGGAGCUGUGAUGUCUCACCGCCGCCGCCGCCGCCGGGGGGGAAACGUGUCGACUUCAAUGCGGACGUCACGCUCUGCUCUUGAUGCCGCCGUGAGUUCGUCGUCCUGCCUCCUCUUCAGGCUGAAGCAUCCCAAUUUGACGUGCGUCACCUUUAAUUUCCUAAAACAUCCUCCAGCGCCGCCGGCAGCUCGUGACGCCUCCAAACGAAGCCGUUCAGGUUUUUUCUGACGGCAGCCGGACCUCAGCAGCUGCUCUGAAACAGCGUCAUCCUGCCUGCAUCAAACACACUCAGCAGAUCCUCAGCAGGGAGUCAAUGCAUUGGAACGUCUGAACUAAAGGUUUAUCAUUCAUUCUAAUAAUUUCCCCACAAGGAAGUCCGAAGGGCCUCGAAACGCCUCUACGUUGGUACAAACCUCAAGCAAAACUAUAAAACCGAGAGGCUGUCCUUUAAUCUUGACUCUCCAGCCAGCGGAUAUUAUUUGUAUUUUUUCUUAUAAAAUUUAAAAAACUUAAUUCCCCGCUCGCAAACCUUGGCGCUAACACGCUAAACAGAACCGCGUCGCCUAGAACAUCCAUUCAUAUGCGACUAUUCAGUUUUUUUCAGAUCACGUUUAUGGGGUCUUCUUGUGUUGGAGUCGGUGGGGAGGUGGUCGGGGUUGAUGGUGGGUCCACGACCAGAAUCGCGCCAACAAAAGAUGUUUGCUCAAAGCUUCCACCAAAGGGGCUGAAGUCUGGAAACUUUACAAGCAACUGAAAACAUCUCUCAGUUUUCUGUUUUCACUGCAAGCUGCUAGCUCGCUGCUAGCUCACUGCUAGCUCACUGCUAGCUCGCUGCUAGCUCGCUGCUAACUACCAACGACGGUAGCUAGUUUUUCACUUCUAGACACAAAAAUCUGUUUGCGAUGCAUUUCAGCCUGAAGCUGUCGAGCGGAAAGAGAAGAAGCAGACGUUCACGAAGAAAGAUUCAAAAACAUCAAAUCAACUCUUUAUUUCUUUUGUUUGUUUGUUUUUUUAGAGGAACUUUUUCUUCUUUACGUUGGACAUGACAGCUGUAGUCAAAGCUGUGGUUUGUGUGUUGGAGUUUGUAUCUUUAGAUAAAAACAUUAAAAACACUUUGGUGA